GUGGCUCCAUUCGUCUCGUUCGCCGUCUCGAAUUUGUCUGCUGCACCAUGGCCGAGCUUCCCACCCUCCUCCUCGCCUCUCUGAACCCAUCCUCCCGCAAGCAGGCGGAACAGAGCCUCCAAUCACUCAGCGUUCAGCCCGGCUUCCUCACGCACCUCCUCACCCUUGUCCUCCAGGGCGCCCAGGAUCGCGCCGUCCGUCUCGCCGCAAGCGUGUACCUCAAAAACAUCGUCAAGUCAAGAUGGGAAGACGACGAGCCACCCGUGCCGGAGGCAGACAGAGCUGCCCUCCGUAAUGCACUCGUUCCAGCUAUGAUUCAGCUAUCGAAUGCGUCGGAUAAGGCUGUCCGGGCGCAGGUCGCGGAGUCGAUAUCGCUCAUCGCGAAGGUGGACUUCCCCGAGCAGUGGCCGGAUUUGGUCGACAGCCUUGUAUCUUCCCUAUCCGAAACCAAUUUCGAGGUCAAUAUCGGCGUGCUCCAAACCGCGCACUCCAUCUUCCGCCCGUGGCGCGCUGAAGCACGCUCCGACGCGCUUUUCACCGUGAUCAACUACGUCCUCUCCCGCUUCACGCGUCCCUUCCUCCAAAUAUUCUUGCACACCACCAACCUGCUGUUCUCGAGCCCUCCGCCUGCCAACCUGCCACAGGUUGCACAGGCAAUGGUCUUCCUCGUCGACAUCUUCUACGAUUUGACUUGCCAAGAUCUGCCGCCGGAUAUCGAGGACUCGCAUGCACAGUUCUUUGGCCCGGAGAGUGGAUUGUUCUUGAAGUUGCUUCAGUGGGACCCGCCUUCGCUCCAAGGAGAUCCCGAUGAUACUACCCCGUCCCUCCCUUCGCAAAUCAAAACGAGCAUCCUGGAGAUUGUGGAGCUAUUCGUCAAGCUCUACCCGGAAACGCUCCAGGCAUCCGCAUCAGUGGAGGCCUUCGUCCGGUCGAUCUGGGACCUCGUCGGUGGCGGAAAGAGGCCGUCGGUUGCGGAUGAUGGGCUCGUUUCCCAAUCUCUCCGGUUCAUCGCUUCCGCGAUCCGGACGGGUUACUACAAGGACCUGUUCGGCUCGAAAGAGACUAUUUCAGGGCUUGUGCAGGGUGUCGUCGUUCCCAAUGUCUCUCUACGGGAACACGAUCUCGAGCAGUUCGAGGACGACCCGCUUGAGUACAUCCGGCUCGACCUCGCGCUCCCAUCCAUGGGCGGCCUCGGCGUGUCAAACGACGCAGUCACUCGGCGACAAGCCGCCGCGGAGGUGCUCCGGGCGCUGGUCGCCUCCGGCCUCGAGGCGGAAACGACCGAGGUGACCGGCGCAUGGAUUGGCCAGGGGCUUAACGAGUACGCGGCCAACAAAACAGAGAACUGGCGCGCAAAAGACACGGCCAUUUACCUGCUGACGGCGGUUGCGACGCGUGGGAGCACGACACAGCACGGUGUUACGUCGACGAACGCGCUCAUCGACGUCGUGCAGUUCUUCUCGGACCAUGUGUUCCAGGACCUGCAGGCUGACCCGAGCAGCAUCCACCCGAUCCUGCAGGUUGAUGCCAUCCGCUUCCUCUACACGUUCCGCAACCAGCUCGUCAAGCCACAGCUACUUUCUGUGCUACCGUCGCUCGUGCGCCAUUUGUCUUCAGAAAACUAUGUAUGCUACACGUAUGCCGCGAUCAGUAUUGAGCGUAUCCUGUUCAUCCGCCAAGGCAACCAGCCCAUGUUCUCGACCGUGGAUGUCAAGGAGAUCGCGCCUCAGACGCUCGAUGCGCUCUUUUCCAGGGUCGAGAAGGCGCCUACUCCCGAAAAGGUCGCGGAGAACGACUACCUGAUGAAGUGCGCGAUGAGGGUCAUUGUUACGGCACGCUCAGGGCUGGCGGACGGGUAUCAGCGCCUCCUGCAAAGGCUGGUCGCGAUCUUGGGCGUCAUCUCGAAGAAUCCGAGCAACCCGAAUUUCGACCAGUACAUCUUUGAGAGCAUCUCUGCGUUGUUAAGGUUUGUUGUGCAGGCGAACCCGAGCACUCUUGCGACGUUCGAGCAAGCGCUAUUCGGGCCUUUCACCAUCAUCCUCCAGCAGGAUAUCGAGCAGUACAUCCCCUAUGUGUUCCAGAUCCUCGCGCAGAUGCUCGACCUGCAUGCGGGAGAAGUGCCGGCCGAGUACCGGAGCCUCCUGCCGUUCCUGCUCACGCCCGCGUCGUGGCAGCAAAAGGGCAGCAUCCCGGGCCUCGUGAAGCUCCUGAAGGCGUUCCUGGCGCGCGACGCGCCGGCAAUGGUCGCCGCGGGCCAGCUAACGCAAGUGCUCGGCGUCGUCCAGCAGCGUCUUAUCCCGUCGAAGCUCAACGACGGGUGGGGCUUCGAGCUGCUGCAGGCGGUCGUCCAACAUGUACCUUCGGCGACCGUGAAGCAGUACUUCAAGUCGAUCAUCAUCACGUUGCUUACCCGGCUGCAGACGAGCAAGACGGACAAGUUUGUGUACCACUUUGUGUACUACCUCGGGUUCUGCCUCGCCAUCGCCAAGGACGACAUUACCCCCGAUUACAUCGUGGGCCAGGUCGAGUCCAUCCAGCCACAGCUUUGGUCGCAGAUCCUGGCGAACUUUGUGAUCCCGCAGGUGCCCAAGAUGCCGCAGAAGGACCGCAAGGUGGUCGUUGUCGGCCUUACGCGCCUCCUCUCCCAGUCCACGCUCAUGCACCAGGGUGCACUAGUCCAGUCAUGCCCGCCGACGUUCGAGGCGCUCGUAAAGCUCUUCCGCGUCGGCCAGCAGCUGUCAAAGAAGGACGACGAGGACCCGGACGCGGGGCUCACGCAGAUCGACUACGAGGAGCAGACGGCGGGGUACCAGGCCGCGUACUCGCGGCUCGCGGCGGCGGAGACCGCGCCCGUGGACCCGGUCGCGCACGUCAGGGACCUCCCGGCGUUCGUGGGCCAGGAGUUUGCGGGGCUGUCUGGGCGGUUCCCGGAUGUGGCGGGGUGGGUGGGGCAGACGGACGCGAACUUGACGGGCACGUUCUUGCAGGGGCUCGCUUCGGCUGGGUACAAUAUCUGAGGGUGUAGUUGUGUGAGUGGGGGGGGGUAUGAUGAACGAUGAGGUAGAGGGAUAUGGAUCACAUUUGUAGCAUUGCACGCAUGUAUGGCAUGAGUCUUCAAUCAAGCAACUAG